CUUAGGAAGCCGGGCCGACUGGGUUUGUUAUUGUGCCGAGAUAGGGACUGAGAACAACGAUGGCGUUGCUGCCAGUGCUGGUUUUGGGGGCGUUCUGUGCCAUGUUGGGUACCGGCCUGGCAGCGGUGGAAAGCGAGCACCCCAAGGAUGGCGAGUGCAAAGUGAAGACGGUGAGCGUGUCGGCUCUGCCGUUCCUCCGGGAGAACGAUCUGAGCAUCCACACCCCGCUAUCGUCGGAGCCCAAACUCCUGUUCUCGGUCAGGAACGAUUUCCCCGGAGAGGUGGUGGUUGUUGACGACCUGGAGAACACAGAGCUUCCCUAUUUCGUCCUGGAGAUAUCUGGCUAUGCCGACGAGAUCCCCCAUGUUCGCUGGAGGCAACAAUGGCUGGAAAAUGGGACCUUGCUUUUCCAUGUUCACCAUCAAAAUAUCGCUCAUCGCUUACCAGGCCUGAUCCCAACUAUCUACUCAGAAUCAGACUCUGCUGAGGAAGAACUCCGAAUCCUUCACAUUUCUGUGAUGGGGGGGAUGAUUGCCCUGCUAUUGGCAAUCCUGUUCCUUGUCUUGGUGCUCUACACGCGGCGUCGGUGGUGCAAACGUCGCCGUGUCCCACAGCCGCAGAAGAGCGCCAGUGCAGAAGCCGCGAACGAAAUCCAUUACAUCCCAUCGGUACUGAUGGCGGGUCAGAACCGGGAGAGCCUGCGGAACUCCCGGCUGCAGGGGCACAAUUCCAGUGGGUCGAUCAGCAUCCGGGAGACGCCUAUCCUGGACGGUUAUGAGUAUGACAUUGAUGACCUUCGGCAGCAACUGCAGAGGGAGUGCAUGAACGGCGGGGAGGAUUUCGGCAGCCAGGUGACACGCACGUUGGAUUCACUUCAGGGGUGUGAUGAGAAAACGUGCUUGGAUCUCACUCCAGGAAGUGAUACCACCAAGUUGUCGCUCAUGAAUAAAUACAAGGAGAACUUCCUAGCCACCAGCCCCGUGGACAUCAGCCACCAGCAGACAGCUCUCCUCCCACGCAGCACCUCCGGAGGACAAAGGAAACGUUUUACAAGUAAAUCCAGAGCUGGAUCUGCCUUCUUGAACCCUGAAGGUGAUUCUGGGACUGAGGCAGAUAAUGAUCCUCAGCUGACGUUCUACACAGAUCCGUCCCGAAGCAGACGCCGCAGCAGAGGUUCUCCCCGCAGCCCCAUCAACAAAACCACCCUUACACUGAUAAGUGUGGUAGGUUGUGUAAUUGGGUUGGUUUAUGGCUCCCAUGUGACCUGUCCUUUGUCUGUUAAAGUUAUUCUUCAUGUUCCUGAGCAUCUUAUUGCUGACGGUAGCAGAUUUGUCCUGCUUUAUGGAAGUCAACUUGUUGCCAGUGAUUGGCUGAAUCCAGCCCAGGUCUUACUGUACUACCAGCAGAACAGCAGUGGGCCCUGGGUAAUGGAGUUAUGUGGGUGUCGUCUAACUGACCCUUGCGAGCACGAGUGUGAUGUGGAUACAGGAGAAUGUGGAUGCCAGGAGGGAUAUACAAGAGAUCCUGUGCACAAACACCUCUGCAUCAGGAAUGACUGGGGGACAAAUCAAGGCCCCUGGCCAUACACCAUGUUCCAACGUGGUUUUGAUCUAGUGAUGGGUGAACAGCCUUCAGAUAGAAUAUUCAGGUUUACCUACACUCUAGGAGAAGGAAUGUGGCUGCCACUUAGUAAAAGCUUUGUCAUUCCUCCAGCUGAACUUGCAAUCAACCCUUCAGCUAAAUGCAAGACAGACAUGACAGUGAUGGAAGAUGCAGUUGAGGUCAGAGAAGAAGCCAUGAUCUCUGCUUCCUUCGAUAGCCUUGAGGUCCUUCUUGAUUCUUUCGGUCCUGUAAGAGAUUGCACCAAGGAUAAUGGGGGCUGCAGCAGAAACUUCUGCUGUAUCUCUGAUCGCAAGCUUGAUUCAAGUGGUUGUGUGUGCCCUUUGGGGCUCAGCCCAAUGAAGGAUGGCUCUGGCUGUUAUGACAGGCACAUUGGUAUUGAUUGUUCGGAUGGAAUGAACGGAGGUUGUGAGCAACUCUGUCUGCAGCAAACUGUGCCUCUUCCAGAUAACCCCUCACUCUACAACAUUGUGAUGUUUUGCGGUUGUAUUGAAGAUUACAAACUAGCUUCAGAUGGACGGAUGUGUCAGCUGAUUUCUGAAUCCUGCACCGGUGGUACAGAUUGUGCUGAUGCCAACAUUUCUCUAAAUCAGACCUGGUUUAGGGAUGUCUUCUAUGGUUACAAUAACCAGACUAAGGAGCUUGCACUUGGACAAGUGUUUGUUGGGACAUUCAGACAGAAGAAUUUUGUGACUGGCAUCCCGCAGCAACUGCCAGAUGGAAUGGUUGCCUCAGCUCUGCCCAGUGAGAGCCAAUGCCAGGAAGAACUGUCUGAGCCUGUACCAGAUCCGGACUACCUCACAGGAAUGGUGAACUUCAGUGAAGUGGCAGGGUAUCCGAUGGUACAGCAUUGGAAGCUGAAAUCAACCCAAUACCGUGUAAAGCUCAACCAACGCACACUUUCUACAGUAUUUACCCACGCUAUCCACUCUUUGGAUGGAGCCACUUUGAGGAAUGACUUUGCAUCUGUGCUCGAGGAAUUUGGCAAUCACUACAUCCAAGAGGCACUCUAUGGAUUUGAGGAGACGUGUAUCAUUUGGUUUCCAAAUCGCUCCGUUCAGAAGCAACUAUGGAUGGAAUACCAAGAUAUCAGCAAAGGCAAUUCUCCAUCUGAUGAGUCAGAAGAGCAUGAAAAGGAUCCAAAAUCUUUAACUUUUCCAGCCUACAUUGGUAGCCUUCUUGAUUCUGGUGAUGAGCUCAUGGCAUCUGGAGUGAGAAUGUACUGUGAAAACAGGGGAGGUUGCCCAACCUCCUGUCACUUGUGUCAUCCAAAAGGGGGUCAGAAUAUGCAAGAAGAACCUGUGUUGCUGGAAGUCACCAAGGCAGCACCACUUUAUGAACUGCUUAGUGAUAAUGAAACACAAAAGGCAAUCUUUGAAGCAAUGUUGAGCCUACUCUGGUGCUCAGGAGGCGGUGAUGUCAUUGAUGACUGGUGUAGAUGUGACUCUACAACCUUCAGUGUUGAUGGCCUACCAAACUGUGCUCCUCUGCCUCAGCCGACUCUGAGGCUGUCACCUGCACAUGAGCCAAGCAGCUCACUGGUGGUUUUAGAGUGGGACCAUACUGAGCCUGCGAUUGGGGUGAAGAUUGUAGACUAUCUCAUCAGCCUGGAAAAGGUCACCAUCACGGACCGAGCAGAAAUGUCUAAGGUAGAGACAGAAUCUGUGUUGAGUUUCGUAGAUGACAUUGCUUCUGGAUCCAAGACCCCAUGUGUGAUGUUGGGGAAAGUUCCUGACACAGUGUCAAGCUCAAUAUCAUUAAUAAUCAGAUGCCUUGAGCCUGAUACUACAUACAUGUUUUCCUUGUGGACUGUAGACAACACUGGAAGGCGCUCUAGACCAAGUGCGGUUACCGUCAAAGUCCCCUGUCCACUCGUGGAUGACGUUAAGGCUAAAGAAAUUGCCGACAAAAUCUAUAACUUAUUCAAUGGUUAUACAAGUGGAAAGGAACAACAAACUGCAUACAAUACGCUGAUGGAUCUGGGCUCGUCUACUCUACACCGAGUCUAUUACCACUACAAUCAGGACUAUGAGCACUUUGGAGAAUUUACUUGGCGCUGCGAAGAUGAGUUGGGACCAAGGAAAGCUGGCCUGAUCCUGUCCAAGUUGGAGGAGUUGAGCAGCUGGUGCAGAAGCCUCCUUCGGGAGCCCAAAAUCACCCUUCGCCGAGUCUCCUUGAAGUACCUGUCCUGCCGAUACAGUGAGAUGCGGCCCUCAGGAAUAAAUUGGCAAGAGCUGAACACAGAGGUCAAAAAGAUCUGUGAGGAACAGUUCCUGACUGUGCUGUACAAUGACUAUGGAGAACAUAAAGACUUCUGACAGAGGAAUGUACUUUGUGUCCAUCUUCACCCAUUUCCCGUUCCCCCCCCCUUAGUCAGCUGUUUUAUGGGCAGUCCACAUGGCCUUCUGGGUAGAAUAUUGCUUGACUGCUCGCAGUUGUUUGUGGAGGUUGUUAAAACUCAGGCUUACCCUGGUCUGGCGAUAAAACGUUGAAUCAGUUUUGAAUAGUGUCAGCCAAAUAUGUGGGUUAUUUGAUUUUAGCUUCACUGGAAGCUGGAAGAAUCAUGGGGAAGACUGGACAGUGAUGAUGGUGCUUGCAUCAAGUCUUCUCCCAUUGCUGACCCUUCCUUAAUUUUAUCGCUCCUAAUGUAUUGCAAUUGCUUUAUCACUGUUAUGUAUUAGGCAGUUUCAUUCAACAGCAUUUGGUUCAUUAGGCUGCCAGUCAAUGCCAUGUCUGAAACCACACAGGCAGUGGAUUUAGGUUGGGUUUUGGAAGUGCACUCGUGUUAAUUUGAUGCCUCCUUGUGUUUUGAACUGGAUAGCUAACAGCACUAAUGUCAAAAUAGGAACGAGGUUCCCUACAGAAGGUGGUCAAUGCAUGACAAAGGGUUAAUGCAAAGAGGCAAAUUACCAAGUGCCUAAUUUAUUGUAAAGGAGAUUAGAAUGAUGCACAGUGCCUGAUCUAUGGAGAUAUUUUAGCAAAGGCGUCUGGCACCCUCCAUCAGCGAGAAGAUUAUGCUUCAUAACAACCCCUUUAAUAAAAAUUAACAGGGGUUUAGAAUUGAUGUCCCCAUAACCUUGAGACUGCAAAGUGAAUGGUGAGAUUUAGUGAUGUUCUAGUGUCCCAAUUAUGUUUUGCAACAUUUCCAGACUUUAGUUCAGCAGUGACAAUCUUUGCGUAACCGCAGCAUGUACUGACACACACCUUCACCGUUCCCAGUCCCUUGUUCAGUUUUUCAGUCUACAAUAUUUGUUUGACACUUUGAAUCUGCUGCCAGCUGUCAGAUGGUGUUUCACAUUCACCCUAACAUAAUUGCAAACACAUCCUGGCUAUUUAUUCACAAUGAAACCAUUCUUCAAGCAUGCUGAUUAGAUUAGGUUAGAUGGAAUUAGUGAAUUCCCCGCCAACGUUAGAGCUUUCUGAUUUAAAUCCACUCACAGAUAGUCAGGUGCAUGGUCAACCAUUGUGUUUUAAUAUUUAUUAAGUAUAGCCUUUUUAUAUAUAUUAUAUAUAUUGAAAAAGAUCAACUUUUAAGAUUACUGUGGCAAAGAUAUACUUGCUCAAAAUGUGGUGUAGUUACAUUUCACACUGCUCUUUGUUAAAACAGCAUAACUGCUCACACUUUACCAGCCAUCAAAGAACAAACAAGAAGUGAAUAACCUGGUUCCUGCUAAAAGACCACUUGCUCUGCACCAGGUGUUAGUCUCAUGACUGAGUAUUUAAGGGGGCAGGAGACAGCAGAACACACUCCACUUAGGGAAAGCGGACUCAAUUGCACUUUUUCUCUCUCUGCCCCUAUUUCAUGUGGAACACACAGGUACCUGCAUUACAACUUCACUCACAGCAAGGCCUGCGAUUCGUCAUCUGCUGUCAAAUAUUUUGGCUAAAACAACACUGACACCCAGAUUCUGACUCUGCACACACAAUAAAUUUUGUUGCAGCAUGAUUACUUUAAUUACUGGAGAAAUAUUACUGUAAUAUUGCUGAACAUAGUGUUUCGUCAAGUGAGGAAAGGCUAUUGAUUAUGAUAUAGUUCCAUAAUGUGCCUGUUUGCAGCCCCCUUGUAGAGAUUAACUAGUCAGUCUAGACAUUUCUUGCAGCUCCAUUGAUACCCAUAUUUCCAGCUUGGUUUUGAUCCACUAUUUGAUUAUUCUUUCCUAAGACUCACAUUCCUCAAAUCAUAUAGUAAUUUAGGGAUCAGAUCUUUCACCCAAUCAAGAAAGAGUGCAUGAGCAGAUAGUACGUGAGUUCAGAGGAAGAAUGUAGACCUUUCUUGAUUUCCAGAGUAGCACAGCCUAAAUGUGGCCUGCAUGUACUUUAGUAGUUUGAGUUUUCAGAUAAAAGGUUCUUGAAUCAACCCUACCCUAUAUACAAGUGACACUAAGAAAGAAACAUUGGCCAGCAUCUUUCACUAGCAUUAGUGUUUGCAGACAUACAGAGGAGAGCAUUCCCAGGGAGAUGGAGUCUACACUAGUCUUCUUUGUCCGUGCAUCACUUUCUAGUAUCCUGUAUUUUUCCAGCCAAAAGUUGUUGUCUUGUAGAGUAGACAGGAAUCUACAGGCUCCUGCAUAGAGUAGGUGCCGUUCGAGACCAAGGGUUCCCAACCUGGGGUCCAUAGACUCCUUGCUUAACGGUAUUGGUCCAUGGCAUAAAAAAGGUUGGAACCCCUGCUCUAGACAAUACUCUUCUCCUCCUCCAGUAAGCAACAUGACAGAUGUUGCAUCACCCACAUGAAGAGCAAAGUGUGCAAAGGCAAGUGGUCUAUUGAUGUCAUUGUGUUAUCAAAGUAGGUAUUGCUAUUUAUGAGUGACAUGAUCAAUAGUAUAUCUGAUUCUAAUCUUUAAACUGUCUUGGAAAUGGUUCACUGCUCAGGAAUAACAGAGGGAUACCUGAGGCCACCAUUUACUGUACUGAGCAGUGAGAUAGUGUAUGGAGUGAACUGUACUACAUAAAGGGUGGGCAUGGACUAUUUGCAGCCAUGAGUUGGCAGUAUCACCUUCUGCCACUGCAUAUAUCCACUUACAGAUUCCAGAACAAAGACUGCAUUUACAUUUCACUUUGUAGAAAAGAUAGCAAAUCAAGAUACUAUACAGCAUAUACAGCAAAUGGCUUCAAUAUAUUUCACUCUGAGUCUCUUGAAAAGACUAAGAUUUCCUUUAUUUAUAAGGGAAUAUUUUCACUGCGGCAAAAUCAAUUUGCACUGAAAUUUUCAUUCAAUUAAUGAGGACUGGCAGGAAUGUGGAUUACAGGGAUCCAGUGUGAACUGUACACAGGUAUACCUGAAGCAAGCAGGGGGACGCCAGACGGCGGUCUCGCCGGUAUUUUGUUUGCACUGCACUGCAGAGUGGGCAGAGUGAAAGCUUUCAUUGAUCAGUUGACCUGCCUCUUUCUCAAACAUGCAACGUCUGUUCUGAACAUUUAACUUGUGAGCGAACGUGUUGAGAUUUACACUCAACACACAGUGGUCUUAAAGUGGUAGUUAGACAUAUAUGCUCUGAGUUUUGAUAAAACAGCAGUGGUAUAUGUGCUGAUGUAAAAUGAGAGUUUGUGAUCUAGUAUUGUGCACACCUAGUGAUCAUUGUCUCCUUGAAUCCAUUGGCUGUUACAACAUAAAGUAUUGAUU